AUGAUGUUGCGGGGUGCUUAUAAUUUCCCACCGAACCCGACACCACCUGCUCAACCCCAACCGAUCCCGACGCAACCCUUUGAACAAUCCGAACCCGACGACGAUGUUGAGGUUGUUCCCGAAACCCAACCGACUAAGUGGACGCCAAUCGAAGAAGAAGCCUUAGCCAAGGCUUACAUAGCCACGUCUACCAACAAGACAAAAGGUAAAAACCAAACGGGUGACGGGUUUUGGUCCAAGGUUUUGGCAAAGUUCUUCGACCUUAUGGACCAAGGCCCGUAUCGUGAUCUCGACUCGGUGUCGUCAAAGUGGCGGAAAUUGAACGCGGUCGUCAAUAGGUUUUGCGAGGAAUAUAAUAAAAUAUAUUCAAGUGGGCGUCGUAGCGGCAUGAGCGACGACGAUGUUUUCAAACAAGCUUUGGACAAGUAUAAGUCGAACAAUGGUAAUACCAACUUUGCUCACGUUCGCGCUUGGGAAAUUAUGAAAAAGGAACCGAAAUGGUCGCCGAUUCCCAACGAGGUGGAGAUGGCGAAACGCCAAAAAACAUCGGAAAUGGGUAGUUUUAGCGCCGGUGGAUCGGACGCGAGGUGUCACAUAAACUUAAAUGAUGACGCCGACUUUGACGAAGAGGAGUACGCCGUACAUGAAGCGGAGCGUCCACCGGGCCGAGACAAAUCAAAGAAGGAGCGGGCCAAGGGGAAAGAAAAGGAAAAGGUGGACCCGAAGAUGGAAGAGUUUAUGGAAAACUUAAAAAUGUACAACGAAGUCUCGGCCCAAAAGACGAAGGCGAAGGAGCGGGCCGUCGAAGAAAAAGCUCGUGUAGCGGAAGAAAAGUUACGCGAGAAGGUCCGAUUGUCGAAUGAGAAAAUCAGAAUUUCGGAUGAAAAAAUUCGGCUCAAGGAAUGGGAAAUGAUAAUGAUGGAUGUCGAUCAAUAUCCCGAGCCGAAACGUUCGAUGUUGAAAAAACUUCAAACCGACAUCAUGAAGAAGCACAAUAUUAUUUAA